GCAUUUCGAAGGGGUUCUGGCACUGUUUCAGCAGCAGCCAGUUGUGUUGGCUCAGUGAACCCGGGGGGUUGGUUUAGCUCCUCUUCCGACCAGCCAUGCGCCUCUAUGCCCCGGCUAAGCCAUCAACGUCGACCGGGGAAGAAGAUGGCAGACGGCAAGAGCAGGACCCCUCCUCAUCCUCAUUCCAGCACGAGGACAAGAUCUACCACCAUCACCACCACUUCGACUCUCGACCAGCGGAGCUGACACGCCGAUCCAUCGAGAACAACAACGACCCGCGACUCGACGACAAAUUGCAGUUGAUGAAUUCCCAACGACUCGACGACAAGGCUCAUCAGCAGCCUUCUCUCCACCCACCACGACUUGACGACAAGAUUCUUAUCUCGAAUGGUCCUCCUCCUCCUCCUCCUCCAGCGCUGAGCGACGACCCUACUGCGUCCGUAGUCGUCGAUCCAGUCAUAUCGACGACGAAAAAGUCGUCGCCACCUGCAAAGACGACGCCUACGCCGCCCAUGACGGCGCCCACGACAGCAACGACCACCACCACAUCUCAGAACGGACCCAAUUCCAUAGACUACAGCAGUCCGCCGCUUCUAGAGAACGGGACGGACAGUCUCAGGUCCCUGGAUAGUAUCCCCUGGAAUCUGGAAGGGACGGAGACCAUCAUAAAAAACGGGUCAAAAACGUCCAUAAAAAACGGAUCCGUUUCGACCGAAGAAGAUGAACUCAAAAAACUCAGAGAAGAAAACAAGAAGCUGAAGGCUGCUCUAGAAGAGGCAGCUGAAGUAAAACGGCAAUGGCGACAGUACCACGAUGAGCGCCAAGGAUACGUCCAGCGCCUCCUCACCACCAUUCAUGAACUCCAGCACGCCCACUCGUCCGCAGCUCCCUCUCCUAGGCAGCUCGACGGAGAGGGAGGUUCGGGAGGCCAGGAGGGCGAGGUCCGGAGGCUGAGGGAGGCGCUGACGAGGCUGCAGGCAGACCACCACGAGCACGUCCAACUCCUGGAGAUGCAGGUUCGCGCCCACCGCGACGACUGGGAAGCCGAGCGGAGUGAGAAGAGGUCGGCAGAGACCGCUCUCGCCGAGACGGAGGCCAGGGCAGCUCUCCUCCUGCAGGAACUUCAGCUUCUUCAGGCUAAGUUAGCUGACAGCGAGAGCAAGAGGGGAUUGUGCUGGCGUUGCCUUUGCCCCAGGACCGACUUCAACAACCACAGGAGCGGGUCCAACAGCGCCCCCAGGACACCCCAGGCUUCCCCCAUACCUGCCCCUGGAGGAGGAGCGUCUCCUGCGCCAGUCAUUCCUUCGGCUCCUCCUCCAGAUAAUCCUCCAGUUCCUUUGAAGGGGUGGAUUCCCGUGUCGAUGUUACAUCAAAUUGCCUUCAGCGGAGCGACGCCGGAACACCAGACGCCUGUCGUUCAGAGCCAGUCUCACCCACAACAACCCAAUCGGACGUAUGCCCCCGUACAACCGCAAAACUUACAGAAUCAUCAACAGCAACAUAUGCACCAGUCACAACCUCAACAGCAACAGCAGAAAUCUUACCAGCAGCAGUCACAGCAGCAGCAGCAGCAGCAGAGCCAAGUAAAGCAGCAUCUGCAAGUUCAGCCACAGCCAAGGCAACAGCAACAUCAAAUACAGAGCCAGCAGCAACGACAGUCUAAUCUGAACUGCAUGCCAAAGCCAGUUCCUCUGUCAUCUGCAGGCAGCAAUGACAACUCAGCAGUAAAAGUGGGAAACGCAAUUGGUGGCGUCGAUGACAAAAAGCGCUAUGAAGCCAUGGGAGCCAGACCAAAAGUUUUGGGAGACUUGAGCUCAGUCACUGGGAAGGGUAUUGGUGUAAUUGAGGACGAGAAGAGUGCCAAACACCGUGCUAGAUCCAUUCUGGCCAGUGCCAUCCCAGUCUCCCCAGUGUCCAGUGGUCCUUCCACACCUUGCGGCAUUAGUGUCACUCGUACUUCGUCAAAUAUGCCGAAAGGAUAUGUACCCAUCACAUCAACUGUGCUGACGCCCAUCAAUUUCCGUCCACCAUUUGUGGCUCACAAGCGACCUUCUGCUGUGAAACAUAUGGGCCAGGGAGGUAAGGUUUCCUCCUAUGUACCUUCUCCUGGCAUUGGAAACAUAGCACCUCCGACUCAUGUACGAAGCGAGUCGUCGCCAGCUGCUCUCCUUAGUGGUAACAGCAGUAAUGCCAACAUGCCAAAGAAUUUGUCGUCUAACGUUGUUAAAAAGCAAACGAAUGAGGUUUCUGUAAUCUCAGACAAGAUUCUCAAACCGUCUUUCUCCAGUAAUUCACAAAACUUGUCUCAGUCCACUGACAAUACGAAAAGCCCAAGCCCAGGGACAAAGAAUGUCCAAGUAAACUGCACAAAUGUUACCACCUCUAGAGACAGUGAUAAACCAGCUUCCGUAGUCAACAUAAUCCAAUCACCUCAGUGCACCGAUGGAAUAUCUAUUGUAACAACGACAAUAUCUUGUUCAAGUCCUUACACCUUAACUACUACAACUUCUUCAUCACUGGUAAAUGUAUCUGGUCAGAACCAAGGCUCCAAGAACUCUGAGACAUCAGUGCCACACACCUCGCCUAGUACAACGAGUAGUGUGAUGGCAUUUGCCUCCAUCACAGUUACAACAACCGCGGCAAAUCACUGUAAUUCUAACAAUACUGCAUCAACGUAUUCCUCAAGCACCUCUUCCAGGUCCUCCUCACCAGGGAUAUCCCUCACUACAUUUGGAUUAAAUUCUGAGGGUCGUGGAAUACCUGGUGCCAUUUGCUUUGCACUUGGAUCUGAUCAGAAAGGAACCAGAAGUCCCCAGCAUUGUGCCUCACCUCGCAGGACUUCUAAUUCAUCAGUUAUGAGCCCUACACCAGAUAUGUCGACUGCUGGACAGUCGCAAAAAGACGUGAAGCCUCCUACAGGAGUCAAAAGUCCAACUAUUAUCAUAAACAAUGCUCCUCCAACAACCACUGUAAAAGAGGAACACUGGUGGUCCGUUGAAAGUCCUGGUAGAAGCAAGCAGCAGAACAGUCAGAGCGGAAAGCUCGUCAACUCUACUUGGGUGAGGUUGAUGGGCGGCCAGGCUAAUAAUCGCCCAGGCUCUGGUCUCCCUUGGCGCACUGCCAGAGCGGUGUCCGGGCAACAUCUGAACCAGGCGAGAAAAGCAUCUCAUGAAGACGGAUCCAAUGGCACAACCUCACCAAACAGUGUAUCCUCGUCAACAGCUACCUUUAAUUAUACUCCAGCUGUUAAUUCUCCUCCAUCUUCUAACCUGUCAUCAGCCACCAACUCGGCUCCUUCAUCUCCACCACCAAAUCUUAAUCAACCUCACAACGAAGAUCUCAAGUCCAUGGCGUCUAAAAAUAUUUCGUCUGCAAUUCUGAGCUAUGAACUGAGUGCAAAGUGUGAAUCAGUAACAAGUCCCACAGAAACCAAACCAACUCAGACGUGGUCAGGAAGUGGAGUGGACAGUUCCAUGAAUGAUGGUGUAGUAACAAUGACAAGAAGAGACCUUGUGUGUCCGUCUUGCCAAAUGCUCUUUCCUCCAGAAAAACACCUCAAAUUCUUAGAUCACUUCGAAGUUUGUAGAGGACCAGAAUAUGCUGAUUUAUAGCCAUAGGUAAAUGUUUAGGCUUUUAUGAUAAUUAUUUUGUAGAGUUAAGAAAACAUGAAUAAGUUUCUUUUAGAAAAAAGAACCAGUGAUAUUUUUAUAAGGUGCACAAAUAAUUUUUCUGCUGAAGCCAUACUCGACAGUACAUUUGCGAUGUAAUCUUGCAGAAAGUUAUUGUAACAGGACUUUCAUUUCGUUUUUGCAGUUGUGAUUACACACACACGUGUUAUCAGAAUGCAAGCAAGUUCAUUUGAAAGUUCCUAAGUAAGGUAUCUAUUGGGUCCUGAAGUAGUAUCAUUCAGUAAGUAGAAGUAAUGUAUACGGUCCUGAUACCGGCAUUCGUUGAUAAUGAAAUAUAGCUGCAGAGGUUGUGAUUUUUAGAGUAAUGAAAUAAGCCUACACUGGCAUUUGGACUUAAACCAUGACAUUACAAAUGUAUGACACAGCUCUUCUGUUUAUUCAGUGUUGCACUGGAUAAACCGUACCUUUUGCAAUUCUUGAAGUGGCCUGGAAGGGGCUAGUCAUGAAUAGCACAUGUUCAGACGGUAGUUUGUUUGGAAGUUUCUUCUCAGACACCACGUCUUUCGAAUCCAGUCGACUACAGACAUGAAAUACAAUGACAGACCCAUUGAAAAGUGGAAGAGCUGAGCCUAAACUGUUCUUUGAAAUGAUAAAACAUGCAACGUCGCUGGGUCAUGACACAAGAACACUUUCUAUCUAUUUGUGACCACUUUUCCUUCGAUUGGCAUGAGAUACUAGUAAUAACCUUACUCUUAUUUAAAGUCAGUUACAGCUCACUGUGUAGUAGCGAUGAUUGAAGUCUGGUAUGAGUUUUCAAACUAAAUGGUAAGGAAGUCCCGGAAAUGUAUCUGUCCUGGAGUUCAGACCCUGUGUAUUAUUCCUCAUGGAAGUUGUAAGCUCAAUCGUUGGACAGUAAGAUGCAGUGAUUGCGCAAAGGGUUAACAUGAGUUGACAGUAUGUAGAGCAAAGCUUUGUGAGCCAUUAAAAACCUAGUUUGUGUUAAUUUUGCAUGUGUGUUGAAAGUGAUAGAACGGCUGUUAAAUUCAUGUCUUUAACAUGAGGGGUUCUCAGAUGUGUAGAGCAUGUAUGCCUAGUGACUGUUAAUCAGGAAAUUGCCUUCACUUUUUGGCCAUUAUUUCUAGACAGGGCAGUCUGGCAGCACAGUAGUUCUACAGGACCCUUUCUCUUUGGUCGUGAGUGUCAACGAAACAGUAAAUGAUCUUGAUCUCCAUACCUUAAAUUAGUCAUCAUUGCAAUUGUGAGUGGUGUGAGUUUGAUCAUUGAGUGAACAAUGAGAGAGUAUGAAUGUUCUUGGUGGGCACAGUGAUUCUGGGAGCGUCAUCCAUGGCAAGGCCUAUGAUGGGUUAGGUUAGUAUUGUGUCUGUGGGACCAUAGGUGAGGCUGAUAACUGAUUUAAUGGGUUGUUCGCCAAGGUCUGAUCUGUACCUAAAUUUUUCCUCAAGAGUAUAAAUUGUGUGAUAGAUUAAUCCAAUUUCUAGACUGUCAGGCUUCUUGGAAAAUAACUUCACAUUUUCAUGAAUUACCAGACAAUCUUGUACAUAGGUAUGUUCAGAUCACUCCAUUCGUUGGAUAAUCCUGGACUUUUACUGUAUCUCAUGUCUCCGAAAAUAUAUUCUACGAAACAGAAUGUACAUGUUACAUUAUAUUGUUAAUGUCUGUAAUGGCACAACUACACAUGUGCGUCACACACGUAUACACAACAUUGAUUACUAUAUGUGAUCCACAUAGUUUUUUUUUAAGAUCACAUGUAGUAAUAAGCAAAUUGUGUUUUAUUUUCAACGUUUAGUAAUAGACGUUUUAGCUUGGAAACCUGCAAACGUGAGAAGCAGUAGUAGCUUGUAGCAUAACACAUUUAUAAGAUGCUUAUAGAUCUGUUUAUGCGUCCUGCUAAGCACCUUUAGAUUCUGCCUACGUAAGGCGUCGUAGAUCCUUCAAACAUGCCUUAUCCUAUCUUAGCUUUUCGUCGUUCAAGUAGGAUUUCUAGAGUUACCUGUGAACAACACGAGUUUCAAAACUCCGAAAAGCACAGUAGAAUUUCAACCCAUUCAAAUUGGCUUCGUCGGGAAAUACUGAAAUUUGCAUCUCGUAAAGUACUGGAACCUUACAAAGAAGUAUCUGACGCAUUUGUUACAUGUCUACUGUAAGUACUUUCAGAUACAAUGCAUCAUUUCACAGCAGUUGUGCAACACUUGCACAAAUUGAGACAAAAUUCAUAUUAGGUUUCACGAGUUCGAUUAUAGUUCAAGAUACAUUUGUGUAAUUAUUAUGAUUUAUAUGUGACUGACGCGAUAAAGCUAUCAUUUGGAACUGUGCUUCGUCUUAAAUGCGUCAGUGGAAAGGUUAAGGUUUCAUACAGGUGUAUAACAGUUCAUACAUGUGCAUGUGUAUAUGUAUAUGUGUAUAUAUAUG